UAACAACUGUAAAAUGUAACAAAAGUAAAUUGUAUAUAUACUAACCUGCUGCAAAUUAGUAUGUUACAUGUAAUUAUUGAUUUUCAAGACGAAUUACCGUAUUCGAAUUACGAUAUUCAUGAAUAUAACCGUGAAAAAGGAACAUAAUAGAGGUGCUAUAACCUAGUUCAAUUCGUUUCUUGAACAUCAUGACGCUUACACCGAAAGAAUUAACAAAAUUAUUGGAUAUUCUUGAAGAGGAAAAUUUGGAUACGAGUUUGGAAAACCUCUGCAAUCAAUUACAUCAUGUAUUUCCAAAAGAAGAUCGCUUCAAAGUAGGAAUGACAUUGAUUCUUCUUUUACAACACAUAGACUUGCUGCCAAAAACUGGGCAACGUAUAGUAGCAGUGGCAUUGUUAUUUGAACUUUAUAAAGGAGAACCACUAGCUUUAACACCCUUUGCACCGGUUUUUGUACAAGUUUUAAAACUGCAAGAAGAAUCAAAUAAUGGUGUGUCAAAGACCAAUUUUUCAGGACACAUACCAGUUUUGUCACAAUGUGAAAAGAAUUUUUUAAUAAAUUUGUUGGGAUACAAUCAAAAAGAUGUUUUAAAGAAAACUCCAAGACAAAUUGUGGAUGAAUUAUAUUUUGUAUCUGUACCACCUAUUGAUUUGAGUAAUUUACAAAUGCAACUGGCAGAGCGGCACUCAGAAUUACCUUUUAUUGCCAAAUGUGGAAAUCCUGUGAUUUUACCUGAUAUGGAUCAUUCCAAAGUGACAGAGAUUGAUAAGAAUGCAACAAAAAAUAUGACUGAAGUUUUAAUUGCUGAUGAUCCACCUUUAUGUACUCAAAGUUAUCAACCUGAGUUUUUAAGAUUAGCACCACCCCUUUAUCGUUCAGUUGAUGAAUUACCAUGGUUUAAUUUCACAGAACCUGCACAAUUUAAAAUUGAAUAUGACAUUAAUAUGUGUGUUUCAAAUUGUGCUGGUGCAGAAGCUCGCAGAUUAAUGGGAAAAGCAUUCAAAAGUGUGCUAACAUUACAACAGCAGCAACAUCUUGUUAAUGAAUUGGAUAGGGAUCCAAAAUUGGUAUAUCAUAUUGGCCUUACUCCAGGAAAAUUACCAGAUUUGGUAGAGAAUAAUCCCUUAAUUGCAAUUGAAGUUUUGUUAAAGCUCAUGCAGUCAAGCCAAAUAACAGAAUAUUUUAGUGUUUUGGUAAAUAUGGAGAUGUCACUCCAUUCAAUGGAAGUAGUUAACAGAUUGACUACUACUGUUGAUCUACCAACAGAAUUUGUUCAUUUGUACAUUAGUAAUUGUAUUUCUACUUGUGAAACUAUAAAGGAUCGUUAUAUGCAAAAUCGCUUAGUGCGCUUGGUUUGUGUUUUUCUACAAUCUUUAAUUAGAAACAAAAUUAUAAAUGUAAAAGAACUUUUUAUUGAAGUGCAAGCAUUUUGUAUAGAAUUUAGCCGUAUUAGAGAAGCUGCAGCUCUCUUCCGCCUACUUAAACAACUUGAAUCUGGUGAUAUUGGUGGAUUAAAUGCACCACCUACUAAUAAUAAAUUGGAUAUGUGUUAA